UGAAGAGGUAAAUGUCAACCAAGAGAGUGAGGGGGUAGGAUGGCAGAAUGGUUCAAACAUAGAAGAUGGCCAGAGAAGAAGGGGCAGACUGUGCAAUGAUGAGACGGAGCUACUUAGAGUAGGCCAAAUUUGAAGUCCUUCCCAGGGAGUGGCCCUGUUCAUCUUGUUCUCCAGCCAAAGUAGAAACGGCGAGAGAAGGAGAGACACAUUCAGCAGCCAAAGGACUCGGUGGAAAGAGCAGAGAAAGAGUACACAAUAUGCUGCUCUUGGGACCCAAGGUGCUUCUGUGUCUCACUGCGUUCAUCAUCCCCUCUGACUGGACACGGCUAGGAGCCAAUGGUCAACGAGGAGAUGAUGUGACUCCAGUGACUCCAGAAGCAUUCACAGAAGAUCCUAACCUGGUGAAUGAGCCCUCUACAGAUGAAACAGUUCUGGCCGAUAUCGAGCCUUCCACAGAUGACCUGGCUCCGGCCAGUGAUAAAAAUACCACAGCAGAUUGCCGGGAUGAAAAAUUUGCUUGCACGAGACUCUACUCGGUGCAUCGGCCAGUCAAGCAAUGCAUUCACCAGUUAUGUUUCACUAGUUUACGACGUAUGUACAUCAUCAACAAUGAGAUCUGCUCUCGUCUUGUCUGUAAAGAACAUGAAGUAAUGAAAGAUGAACUUUGCCGUCAGAUGGCUGGUUUACCCCCAAGGCGACUCCGCCGCUCCAACUACUUCCGACUUCCUCCCUGUGAAAAUGUGAACGUGCAGAGACCCAGUGGUCUGUGAUGAUCAAGGAAGAGGAAGGAAGAACAUGUGGGUGGGAGGAAGAGAAUGGUCUAACAAGAGCAACCAUUGUCAGCUAACCCAUAGACAUUAGUAGUUCUUAAACCAAUCCCUUUGUAGUGUCUAGCUUUGGCCCCCCACUCCCUGAUUUAUUACCCAGACCGGUAACAAAGUCUAUAUUAUAGCAUGGUUUUGCCGCUUCUCACUACCAUAGGCAUAGCAGAUCAAUGAUAACCAAAUGGCUUAUGUACAAACAGUCUACAUACGGUUUCAAAGGAAAAUAAACGUGAGGUUAAUAUUUA